CAUCUUCUUCUUCAUCUUCUUCUUCUUCAUUCCCAACUUCAACUCCACCAUUUAAAGAAGCAAGAAAAAAAGAGAAAUAAAUAAAGUUGAUAUUAUUAUUAUUAUUAUUAUUAUUAUUAUUAUUAUUAUUAUUAUUAUUAUUAGUGUUGUUGUUAUAGCAAGGAAGCAUGUCAAACAUAACAGGAGGAAGCUUCUCAUCAUCAGGGAACAUUAUUAAUGGAGAUCAAGAUGAUGAUCAACAACACCCAAAAACACUCAUCAAUAAUGGAACUUCAUCUUCCCAACAGAGUCAACAGACUCCUCCUCCGGCUCCACCGCCACCAUCGCCGGCGGUCAAGAAGAAAAGAAACCUCCCAGGAACUCCAGAUCCAACGGCGGAGGUGAUAGCAUUAUCACCGACAACACUAAUGGCAACAAACCGGUUUGUGUGCGAGAUAUGCAACAAAGGGUUUCAACGAGACCAGAACUUACAACUACACCGGCGAGGUCACAACCUGCCAUGGAAGUUGAGGCAAAGAACAAGCACUGAGAUAAAGAAAAGAGUGUAUAUAUGCCCAGAAGUGACAUGUGUGCACCAUAACCCUAAUAGAGCUCUAGGGGACUUGACAGGGAUCAAGAAACACUUUUGUAGGAAACAUGGAGAGAAGAAAUGGAAGUGUGAUAAGUGUUCAAAGAAGUAUGCUGUGCAGUCUGAUUGGAAAGCUCAUUCUAAGACUUGUGGCACUAAAGAGUAUAAGUGUGAUUGUGGCACCAUUUUCUCAAGGAGAGACAGCUUCAUCACUCACAGAGCUUUCUGUGAUGCCCUAACAGAAGAGAACAACAACAACAACAACAAAGGCUUACUAGUACCACUACCACUACAAAUACCAAUACCAACAGAGAAUGCUAAUAACAAUACUAAUAAGAAGCAGCAUCAUCAUGCAACAUUAAUGGCAGAAUUCUCUCCAGACUUGAAGAACCACUUAAUGUCAAUGCCACUGAUCAAGCCUCUAACCAUGGCAGCAGCAGGACCAAGCUCCAUGAUCUUCAGUCCUCAUACAGACUCAUCACCACCGUCUUCGGCUUCAUUACAGCUCGGCGGAAGUCACUCAUCGGCGCACAUGUCGGCGACAGUGCUGCUGCAAAAAGCAGCACAAAUGGGAGCAAUGGCAGCAAGUGAGAACAUUAUAAGAUCACCACCACCACAUAUGUUGCAGAAUAGAUCAUCAUCAGGAAUGGGUAUGGCAGGAAUGGCAGGACUUGAUAUGAGAAAUUUGGGUGUGUUUCAUGACCAAACCAAUAUGAAAGCUGGUGGUGAAGGUGGUCAUAGGGCAGUUGUUUUAUGGUGGUAAUAUUAAUUAUAAGAUGGGACAAAGGGAGUGGGAGAUGAUGACUGUGGAUUAUAUGGGAGUGGAUAGAGGGAGGAGUAGUACUACUACUAGUAGUAGUGUGCAUGGAUUUGGGCAUGCUUUUCAAUGUCCAGUUAUGGGAAUGCAUGGACAUGGACAUGGACAUGGACAUGGACAGACUGGGAUUUUGGAGAAAACUAUGGAGGAUGUUUAGGUGAUUUUUGUAGUGGGUUUGUUUGUAGUGAAAUAUGUUAAUUAUUAGUGAAGAUAUAUAUAUAUAUAUAUAUAUGUAAGGGAGUAUGUUUUUAAGAGAGU